AUGGCACCAAUUUAUCCCUUAUUUCCAGUACGGGAGUCUGGCCAUCUUCAAGUUUCCUCUAUCCACUCAAUAUACUACGAAGAUUGCGGUAUCCUAACCGGUGUUCCUGUCCUAUACCUGCAUGGGGGUCCCGGAGAAGGAAUCGUGGACUCUGAUAGACAGUACUUCGACCCAGCCCACUACCGUAGCGUCCUCUUCGACCAGCGUGGCUGCGGCAAAUCUCUCCCUGCUGCCUCCCUUGAAGAUAACACAACCUGGACCCUCGUAGCCGACAUCGAAGCUCUCCGAGAACAUCUCAAGAUAGAAAAGUGGAUAGUAUGCGGCGGUUCCUGGGGUUCAACUCUAGCACUGGCCUAUUCCCAGAAACACACCGGUCGCUGCAUGGGACUAAUCCUCCGAGGGGUCUUCACUAUGCGUCGCGAGGAACUGGAGUGGUUUUUCCAAAAGGGCGCGGACAUGUUAUUUCCCGACUAUUUUGAGCCGCUCAAAGCUUGUAUUCCCGAAGCAGAAAGAGGCGAUAUGAUAGCAGCUUACUAUAAGAGACUCACUGGCGAUAAUGAGGAGGAGAAACUGAAAUGUGCCGGUGCAUGGAGCAAUUGGGAGUGCUCGACAGUCAAGUUGAUAGUGGACCAGGAAACUAUCGAAAAUGCUGCCGAUCCAAAAUGGGCUCUUGCGUCUGCUCGCAUUGAGUCUCACUUCUUUGCCAACGCUGGGUGGAUGCGUGACGGGCAGUUGAUUGAAGAGGCAUAUAAAAUUAAAAACCUGCCGAUAUUUAUUGUGCAGGGUAGAUAUGAUGUUGUUUGUCCGGCAAAGACGAGUUGGGAUUUGUAUCAGGCGCUUGGAGGGGAGCAGAAUCCGAAUGUGGAGUAUUUGGUUAUACCAGAUUGUGGGCAUAGUGCACAUGAGAGCAAGAUUGAGGAGGCACUAGUCGAUGCUGCGGAAAAAUUCAAGGCGCUGAACAUGUGA